AUGCCUCCCGCCCACCACCAAUGGGCCCCUAACCCCAGCCAAUGGCCGGCGCAACGUCCGACGCGCCAGAGAGGCCAGGGCAGAAACGGCUACAGAGGUAGUCAUUUUGACCCAAAUUUUGUCGACCCCAGAAGAGGAGGGCCCCCGGCACAACCCAACCCAGGAAACGGCCAAAUGGUGGUCAGAGAUCCCAGCAGACCAGCACUGGCGCAACCACAAGCUAGGUGA